AUGGAGCCCGGGGCGGGGCUGCAGGAGGAGUACCGGCGCUGCCUGGAGAGGGACUUCCGCAGGGGCCACGCGGGGGCCUGCAGCGACGCCUCCCUGAAGGAGCUGCUGUGGCACCACCUGCUCGAGGACCCGGAGCUCCACUGCAGCCUGGAUGGGGAGGACACCUUGGCCACGCUGGCCGCUGCCCUGCGGGGACACCUGGACACCAAAGGGAGCCUGCGGAAGCUAGCCAGGGCCUUCGAGGUGCUGGAGCUGGCGGCCGUCAACCUCUACUUCUUUCCUUGGCGCAAGGAAUUUGCCACCAUUAAGACCUUCUCCGGGGUCUACGUCCACGUCCUUCAGGGGGUCCUGCCAGAGGCCAACCUCGCCCGGAGUUUCCGCCGACUGGGCUACGUCCAGCAAGACCGUCUCCACCUGGUGAAUUCUCGCCUGCCGCCGAGUGCCAACCUGCUCUGUGCCGCCUGCUGCUUCUUUGCAGCCAGGGUGGAAUGCCAGAUCCUGGCAAAAAUCGUGGAAGAAUUGGAGCCGCAGGUCGUGCCGCCCGAUGAGCUGCUGAAGGCACGGAUGGAGGCCAAGGGCAACCUGGAGCGGUGCGUGGCCAAGCUGCAGAGCCUGACACGGUGGCCACGGAGCCGCGAGGUUCGGCCGGACCUGGCUGGCGGGCUCGACCUCUACCGGGAGAGCUCUGAAGGACACGGCUUCUACCGGGAGCCUCCAGGGAGUCGGCUCUGGAGCCAGGAAACCUCCCUCAGCGAGUGCGGCAGCCCCCGGCUCCUGACGCGGAGCCCCCAGCCGCUGGCAGAGUGCCGGAGUGAGCCCCCCUGGAGCCGGGAGUCUUCCUGUGGCAACGGACUGCGGGGCUCAGAGCAGCCCGACCUGGCCACCUCCUUCUCCUUCAUCUCCUUGAGGCGGGAGCUCAGCAGGACUUCCGAGGUGGACUUCCCUGCUCAGCUGGGGAGUCCGUUCUCAUUCUCCGGCCUGGGGGGCUACGAGAGUUCCGAUCCCCCUUCACAGGCGACCAGCUGCCCGGCCUCUCCUCCAUCCAGGCAGCCCAGGAGCCUCCACCUCAGUCCGGGCAGCCUGCACAGCAGCACCGAGGGGCUGAGCCCUGAGCCGGCCCACUACCAGAUGCACAGCUGCCUGCUCCCGGGGGCCCUGCCCUGCUCCUGCUGCAACACCUGCCGGCUGCUGCACGCCAGCACCUGCGACGGAGUGCAACACUGCCGGAACCGCCACCACCUCGUGGAAGAGCUGCAGAGCGAGAAGCAGCAACGCCUGUGGCUGCAACGAACAGAGGUGGACAGGCUGCUGCAGGAGGGAGGGGGGCCCUGGCAAUAGGGCGGGGGCGCCCGGCUGGGCUUUGGGGCGCAGAGGUCAUUGAGGAUCACGCCCGCCAAGCCUGCUUUCCGCCUCUGGCCUGGGGGAGGGCAGGGUAAAAAACGGCCAAGCCCCCCCUCCCCCCUGGGCAGAUCUUGUGGACGGCGGAUUGAAGGGGAGGAGAUGGGAUGGCUUUGCCCCAGUUGGAUUAAGGGCCCAAUGCCCAUGAAGUCUGGAAAUGGCAGGUGGGGAGCAGACCUCAUGCCAGCCGCCCUGAUUUCUGGGAUCAAGGAUUUCUCGUCUCGCCUGGGAAGCCCUUCCUGACAUUCCAAAGUCCCCUUCUGGGAUUUGUGUGGUCCAGGGCUGCUUUGCGUAUGGCAGAGGCCAGAGAAGAGCCUCAAGCAGCAAGCUAGGGAGGAACUGCGGGCAGCAUUUUUACAAAUCCAGAAUGGGCCCCUUGGUAGCGGUCACUUUGCUGAUAUGCAAUGCAAGAUGCAGUUGUAAUAAACUUAACUGAAAGCUA